AAAAAAAAUUGUGGCUUUGGUAUGAGUUAAGUUGGAUAGCUUACAAAAGUUUUAGCCAGUGGAUUCAUUACUGUGCUAGUAUCCAAAAGAACAAUAACUCAGUAAAUAGUGAGAAGAUUAAAAAUUACCUCUUGUAGCAGCCUAACUUAUAUUCCAUUGACCAAGUGUGCCACGCUAGGUCUUCACCGGAAGUCAAGAGCGUGAAGUCCACCGCGUCAUGACAAAUAAAAAAUGUCCCCUCAAACAAGCAGAAAAAAAAAACAGAGAGGAAGUGAGCUGUGAAAAGGACCCACCACCCACAUGUGUUCUCCUUCCUGUCUCCACCAGCUCUUUCCUCUCAAUCAUUAGCUUCCUCUCCCUCUCCUCCUCCUCUCAAUGUGUUUUCAGUAACAAGAGAAUCAAGAACCAAUAUUCUCUCUUCCAAGAAUCUACUCCAAACAUGUCUAACAACAACGACGGAGCUCUUGUCGUGAAGAAACCUCCGGCGAAAGAUAGACACAGCAAAGUCGAUGGAAGAGGGAGAAGGAUACGUAUGCCUAUCAUCUUCGCAGCUCGUGUCUUCCAGCUCACAAGAGAGCUCGGCCACAAAUCGGACGGUCAAACUAUCGAGUGGCUACUGCGUCAAGCCGAGCCUUCUAUCAUAGCCGCGACAGGAACCGGCACAACUCCGGCGAGUUUCUCCACCGCGUCAGCCUCACUCCGAGGAAACUCCACCACUUUGUCCUCGUCUCUAGAUCAUAAGCCUUUGCUAGGUUCCUCACCGUUUAUACUCGGAAAACGUGUGAGAGCCGACGAGGAUACACCGUCUGGGUUCUGGGCGGCUCCGGCGAGGCCGGAGUUCGGACAGGUCUGGAGCUUUGCCGCAGGAGGUCCACAAGAGAUGUUCUUACAACAACAGCAACAGCAACAAGCAGCUGGACUUUUUAUCCACCAGCAGCAACAAGCUGCAAUGGGUGAAGCGUCAGCAGCUAGAGUCGGGAACUAUCUUCCGGGUCAUCUUAAUUUGCUUGCUUCUUUAUCUAGUGGAGCUCCCGGAUCGGGUCGGAGAGAGGGUGAUGACCAGCGUUGAUGCAUUGAUUGUGAAGUUAAACCCCUUUUUUAGUUUUAGUAUAUUAAUAUUAAUCUCUGUUUCUCUAUUGUCGUUUCGGUCAAUAUCAAUCGUUUGCAUUGUUUACUUGAGUGGCAUAUCUCUGUCUCCCUAUGUGUGUUGUUUAAUUUUAGAGAUUUAGCUGAUCGAUUUCAGGAGUGAUUUGAGAGUAUCAUCAGUGUUUAAGUUAAGAUUAGGGUUAGGGUUUAAAAAUCUAGUCUUAAAGAGUUGUGUCAGGAGAGGAUUUUAGUUUUUGUUGGGACCAAGAUUUUACUUUA